CAACAAACCACAGAUUAGUCAUUAAGUUCCUAAUUUUACUGUUAAACAACUUCCAGAUUAGUUAGUUUGGUCACCCACAUUGCCUAUUAUCUCUCCUAUAUAAAUCCAAAAAAUACCCUUUUCAUUUUUCACAACUCUCACAGAUCACAAACUCUUGAAUACCCAACAAUCAAAUUUCAUUGAACUACAGAUUUUCUCUGCUGCCGUUCAAAAGUUUCCGAUGGCGAAUCGCAAAAUUGGGAUGGAAUUGGUACUCGUGGUGGCAGCGGUGGUGGUGGCGGUGCUGUGGGGAGGAGCAGCGGCUCAGUCCUCCUCGUCGAAUUCUUGUACGAAUGUGUUGAUGAGCAUGUCGCCGUGCCUUAACUACAUAACGGGAAACUCUUCGGAACCGUCUUCGAGUUGCUGCCAGCAGCUUGCCACUGUCGUGAGGUCGCAGCCGCAGUGCUUGUGCGCCGUGCUGAACGGUGGUGGGUCGUCGAUGGGGAUUAAUGUCAACCAAACUCUGGCUCUGGCCCUUCCUGCUGCUUGCGGUGUUCAGACUCCUCCCGUCAGCCGUUGUAAUGGUUCUUCUCCAACAGCCUCUCCCACAGGAAAAUCUCCAAACACUGUACCUUCAAAUUCAGGAACCGGGUCGAAAACCGUACCAUCAACAACAGAAAGCGGCACAUCAGAUGCAAGUUCUAUCCGGAUCACAAUUUCCAUGCUUUUUACCCUCCUGUUCGUUGCAUCUUACGCUUCAAUCUCCACAGUCUGCUGAGUUCUCUCACAUGUCUCACUACUCUAUCACUCCUAUAUGCACCAAAUUAAGUGUUAUCACUAGGACUCUAGGAGUACGGAAUUAGAUAACAAAAAAGCGCAUCGAAUACUUACAAAGGCGUGGGCGUCACAUUUUUUCCAAUCCCUCACCUUGUGACUAUCAUGUGUAGUUUUUCGCUAUCUAUUUUUGUGCACCUGGGUUUCCAUGUUCUUAAUAUAUUCCUUGCCUUUUUGUGUACGAUUAUUAUUAUUAUUAUUUUUACUGUAUUUUAUGACCUCUGUUGAGGGUUGAUUUCGAUUUGUAAGAGUUAAGAGAUCACUUCUUGGUCUCUUCCCUUGCCAAUAAAGAUGAUUUUCUGGUUUA